CACGCUGCCCAAUCAAUAGCUCACGGCCCCGGAAGCGGCGCUGCCGCUAGAGGGUGGGGCAGGACGGCGUCAGCGGAGUUGAUGGAAAGAUGUGGGCACGAAGCUCUAAGGGGAUUGGCUGAAGGCACUUGCAGUUAGCUUCUCUCCGUGACUCGGGCUCCUCUGGCGCCAAAAUGUCGCUGGUAGCGGGGGUUAUCCGGCGGCUGGACGAGACAGUGGUGAACCGCAUCGCGGCAGGGGAAGUUAUCCAGCGUCCGGCUAAUGCCAUCAAGGAGAUGAUAGAGAACUGUUUAGAUGCAAAAUCCACAAGUAUUCAAGUGGUUAUUAAAGAGGGAGGCCUGAAGUUGAUUCAGAUCCAAGACAAUGGCACCGGCAUCAGGAAAGAAGAUCUGGAGAUUGUGUGUGAGAGGUUCACCACAAGUAAACUGCAGUCCUUUGAGGAUUUAGCUCAUAUUUCUACCUAUGGCUUUCGGGGUGAGGCUUUGGCCAGCAUAAGCCAUGUGGCUCACGUCAGCAUUACAACCAAAACAGCUGACGGGAAGUGUGCAUACAGAGCACAUUACUCAGAUGGAAAGCUGAAAGCUCCACCUAAACCAUGUGCAGGCAAUCAAGGGACCCAGAUCACGGUAGAGGACCUUUUCUACAACAUAUCCACGAGGAGGAAAGCUUUAAAAAAUCCAAGUGAAGAGUAUGGGAAAAUUCUGGAAGUUGUCGGCAGGUAUUCCGUACACAAUUCAGGCAUUAGUUUCUCGGUUAAAAAACAAGGUGAGACGGUAGCCGACGUCAGGACACUGCCCAAUGCCACAACUGUGGACAACAUUCGCUCCAUUUUUGGAAAUGCUGUUAGCCGAGAAUUGAUAGAAGUUGGGUGUGAGGAUAAAACCCUCGCCUUCAAAAUGAAUGGCUACAUAUCCAAUGCAAACUACUCGGUGAAGAAGUGCAUCUUCUUACUCUUCAUCAAUCAUCGUCUGGUAGAGUCAACUUCCUUAAGAAAAGCCAUAGAAACGGUGUAUGCAGCAUAUUUGCCCAAAAACACACACCCGUUCCUGUACCUCAGUUUAGAAAUCAGCCCCCAGAAUGUGGAUGUCAACGUGCACCCCACGAAGCACGAAGUUCACUUCCUGCACGAGGACAGCAUCCUGGAGCGGGUGCAGCAGCACGUUGAGAGCAGGCUCCUGGGCUCCAACGCCUCCAGGACCUAUUUCACCCAGACUUUACUACCAGGUCUUACUGGCCCCUCUGGGGAAGUGGUUAAAUCCACAACAGGUGUGACCCUCUCAUCUACUGCUGGAAGUGGCGACAAGGUGUAUGCCCACCAGAUGGUCCGCACAGAUUGCCGGGAACAGAAACUCGAUGCCUUCGUGCAGCCUGUGAGCAAGGCCCUAUCCAGUCAGCCCCAGGCUGUUGUCGUAGAGGACAGGACAGCUGCUUCUAGUAGCGGGGCCAGGCAGCAGGAUGAGGAAAUGCUUGAACUCUCAGCUCCUGCUGAAGUGGCUGCCAAGAAUCAGGGCUUGGAGGAGGAUGCAGCAAAGAGGACUGCAGACUCGUCAGAGAAGAGAGGGCCCUCUUCCAGCCCUGAGAACCCCAGAAAGAGACAUCGGGAAGGCUCUGAUUUGGAAAUGGUGGAGGAUGCAUCCCAAAAGGAAAUGACAGCAGCUUGUACCCCCCGGAGAAGGAUCAUUAACCUUACCAGCAUUCUGAGUCUCCAGGAAGAAAUCAGUGAGCGGGGACAUGAGACUCUCCGGGAGGUGCUGCGUAACCACUCAUUUGUGGGCUGUGUGAAUCCUCAGUGGGCCUUGGCACAGCAUCAGACCAAGUUAUACCUUCUCAACACCACCAAACUUAGUGAAGAACUGUUCUACCAGAUUCUCAUUUAUGAUUUUGCCAAUUUGGGUGUUCUGAGGUUAUCGGAGCCAGCGCCACUCUUUGACCUCGCCAUGCUUGCCUUAGAUAGUCCUGAGAGCGGCUGGACAGAGGAAGAUGGUCCCAAAGAAGGACUUGCCGAAUACAUUGUUGAGUUUCUGAAAAAGAAGGCUGAGAUGCUUGCAGACUACUUCUCUUUGGAGAUUGAUGAGGAAGGGAACCUGGUUGGAUUACCCCUUCUGAUCGACAACUACGUGCCCCCCUUGGAGGGUCUGCCUAUCUUCAUUCUCCGACUGGCCACUGAGGUGAACUGGGAUGACGAAAAGGAAUGUUUUGAAAGCCUUGGUAAAGAAUGUGCGAUGUUUUACUCCAUCCGGAAGCAGUAUGUGUCUGAGGAGUCGACCCUCUCAGGCCAGCAGAGUGAAGUGCCCAGCUCUACUCCAAACCCCUGGAAGUGGACUGUGGAGCAUGUCGUCUAUAAAGCCUUCCGCUCACACCUUCUGCCUCCGAAACAUUUCACAGAAGAUGGAAACAUCCUGCAGCUUGCUAACCUGCCCGAUCUAUAUAAAGUCUUCGAGAGGUGUUAACUAUGGUCGUCUAUGGCCUCUGGGAUGGGUCGUUCUUCCUCUGUAUCCCGACAUUGGUAGGUUGAACUCACACCUGCAUUUUAACUAGUAGCACUCCUUCAUGCAUGGUGGAUUGACUAUAAAUAAAUAGUCAAAUUUGUCCUAACAUGGUUUUUUAUUUAAUUUCAUUACACUUGAAAUUUUCCUAGAUCCAUUUUCACCUAGUGUAUACUGAUUGUGUUGAAGAAUCCCAAAAGUAGUUUGAAAGCCUCCUGGAUGUCUGAUAAGAAUUCUAAAAGGGCCUUAAAGACUUUAUAGAUCAUGCAUUGAUUCGAUUCUUUCUGUGUUCUGGUGAAUUUCUAAUAUCAGGUGAUAAAUAUUAUGUUGGUUCAGGUGCCUUUUUAAAAAAGAGGUCCUGAACCUAUAAGAGGUGCUGAUGACAUUGUCAAUUCAGCUUUCUGCGUAGUCACUCUAUUAGUACCUUCAGUAACCAAAGCUAAUUAAUUUAUUCUUAAUUUAAAAAUUUGAAGAAAAUAGUUCUUAUCCAGUCCAAAACAGGCAUGAGUUUUUAAGUUAGCUCACUUUGUUAAUGGCUAUCAAUACUACCAGCUUAAGAUAAAGGAAUUUCUAGGUAUUCUUGUUUGAAGGGUGUUGUAAAAAUACAAACUGAAACUGUAAGUACCAUUAAAAUAAGCUACCUUAAUAUUAGCCUGCAUUAAUAGAAAUGUGCAGUCAGCACAGGGAGGAAGAAUGCCUAUAGUUUUGAGGUAAAGUCCAGAUUACAAGGCUCAGUGAAGAAAGUUCUGUGGAAAAGAAGAGAAGAGUCUAUUUUACGAGAAGUGGAACCAUUCCAUUUGGAAAAGACUGACAACAAAACAGCUCCAGGAGGAGCACAGGCUGAGUGACCGUGGGUGGAGAGGAAGAGGGAUUUCCAAGGCCUCAAGAGGUGGACUACACGAUGUUUCAAUUCCAGGUAUGUAUGGGAUUCUAGGAUAAAUCUGCAUUUCAGAACAUGCCUCGUCACUGCCCACUCCCACACAUCAACUGAAAGAAAACUUACAGGAAAUCAUCUCAAAAUAUGGAAACCAAUUUCCUGAAUUACUUUAUUUUUUAAAAUUUAUUUAUUUUUGGCUGUGUUGGGUCUUCGUUGCUGCUUGUGGGCUUUUGCUAGUUGCAGCGAGCUGGGGCUCCUCUUCGUUGCGGUGCGUGGGCUUCUCCUUGCGGUGGCUUCUCUUGUUGCGGAGCAUGGACUCUAGGUGCGUGGGCUUCAGUAGUUCUGGCGCAUGGGCUUAGGUGCCCUGCGGUAUGUGGGAUCUUCCUGGACCAGGGCUCGAACCUGUGUCCCCUGCAUUGGCAGGUGGAUUCUUAAGCACUGCACCACCAGGGAAGCCCCUGGUUUCCAUGUUUUAAACACAAAGAGCUAAUUAAUUAUUCUAAAGAAGGGAAUAAUUAUUAGAGAUUUUAUUCAUAUUUAAGUUAACUUUAUUACCUAGUUUCAAGUCUAAUUUUAUCUUAUGUGGCCUUAAUUCAUUAGACUUUCCCCCAUAUUUUUUCCGUGUAAACACAUUGAAGAUACAAUAAUCAUUUCCAUAAAACCACCUCAAUUCUGAGCGCAAAAGAGAAUCACAAAUACUGUAACAUGGCUACGACUCGAUGAUAAAAUCCUCAAACUGGGUGCCUUUAAAGAUGAAACUGAAGUUCUUAAAAGAAAUUCUAUAUUCCAGAUUAUUUUUCCUUAAGGAGAGAAAAGAGGGGUGAGCUAGGCAGGCAUGAUUGCCAAUGACUAGUUUUAAAGGCUCCUCUAAGAAAAUGAAUGUGUCAGUAGCCAACUGUAGUCAGCAAAAGGGUAUAUUUAAUAGAAUCUUCAGGCUGACUUCCCACCUGCCUGGCCUGGCCUGCCCUCCCUCCCUCCCUCAUCGGGCUGGUCUGAGGUUUCAUUCCACAGAUGAGCAGCAGAUGAAAUACUUUUCAAGAUACAGCACAGUUGAUGUGAAGACUAAGGACCCUACUCUUACUUUAAGAGUACAGGCCUUGGACUUCCCCUGCCCCAUGCAAUAAAGCAAGUUUUAUAUACACUCCCCAUAUCUUUUUCUAACAUUUUCUUAUAUAAAUUUAAAUAUCUUACAAAAAAAGGCUUUUUCCUCCAAACAUAUAAAUUUGAGUGAAACAUAUAUUCCCCACCUGUGAACUUGUUUCUUCACUAAAAUAUAAAUGCUACCUGAUAUUAAGGGUAAAUGUCUUUUGACCACUGGAGAUCACUGAAGUCUGAAUUGCACUGUGGAGAAGGCACUUGUGUUUUCUGAGGUCUCCAGGAAGUACCUCGGUGAGCGCUGAAUCGCUGUCCUCCAGAACCCGUGCCAAAGCCUCCGAGUGCCCAGUCACUGAGGCAGCUGGGGAAAAAUGGUGAGUAAACUUGAUUCUAAAAUUAUGGAAAUAAAAAAUAAUAACGGCAUGGACCAAUUCUUAGUCUAGAAUCAAACUACCAACAAAAUCCAAAGUGUUCAUUCAUGAAGAUUCAAACCUGUUUCAUUCUCUCAUAAAUUAUAAAAUACAAAGGUGGCUAUUUUAAUGACAAAGCUCAAACAGUCCUGAAAGGGGUUUGAGUGGACGAAAGAUCAGUCCUUCCAGGCGGGGCCCGGGCAGCAGGGCGGCCUCCCUAUUGCUGGGCCAGCAGUGCUGUCCUGUUGGCCUUCAUCUUCUCCAGCCGCUUCGCCAGAUGGCUGUUGGUCAUCUCCAUCUCCUCGAUCUUGUCCAGUGCUGUUCGUAACUGGAGACAGGAAGACCUUGGUCACUUCACAUGGUCAAAAACGAAACCCAGCGCUACUUUCCUCUCCAGUUUCUGGGAAGUGGAAGCACUGCAUGCGAUCCUGCAGUUGCGUUGUUUUUCAGGCAGCCAGAGGUGUUAACCAACGGUGCUGAACAUUAAUCACAGGACAUAGAGAAGCUGGAGAAACAGACCUCAUCUAAAACAAAAAUAAAAACUCUCCUUUUUCUUAUUACCUAACUGACCAAAACAUAAAAGUAAAUGGCAGUCACUGUGUAGGUCAGAAACCAACACAGAACAGUGAUUCCACUGCUGUUUCACUAAGAUUGGAGCCAGGAUUAAAUUCCUUAUGCAGCAAAGAAUUUAUCUCCAAAGGAUUUUUUCUUUUUAGGAAAGUAUUCCAAGAAGCAUAAUAAAAGCAAGUACCUCCCGUUGUAGCUUCCUCUUUUCUGCUUUCAGUUCAUCCUCGACUUUCUCCGCAUUCUCAGCAGCGGUUUUAUAUCUCAGCACCUGCCCCUCCAGGCGGCUGAUCUGUAAAUAUGAGAACACAGGCCUCUGGUGCUGGCACUAGGAACCACCACUUUUUUGCAGCCAAGAUGGAAAUACAAUGUCAUGACAGAUUCCAAGAAUCUAACACUAACAAGUCCCCUCGGGGAGUCAGAGGUCCUCUCAGAACUCGACUGCUAUUUAUACAUCUAGAACUGUCCCUAGAGAGGAUGACAGCUGUAGUGUCAUAAUAGGGCCAAUUUCCCACGUUAAGUUUUACGACAACCAUAUUGUUUAAAAGCCAUAGUAACAUCGCAGGAGGAGACUCCCCGAUAGACUUUCUGAAAUAUACAAUAAGGGAUUAUGUUAUAAACUACAAUCUUCUUGAAGGCUCUUGAAAUAGCUACAAGAAACAGAAUUAUAGCUUCAGUCUCAUUCCUUCAUAGAAAAGGCUGAAAUGCCCUAUCAGGUGUUCUCCGCUGGCUUUUCCACAUUAGAGCUUUUAUAGAGAUUCAACUGCAAAGGCAGCUCAAAAAACCUAGGCAUUCAUGGGGUUAAUCACUGAGAUGCAGGAAGCAGAUGUGUUGGUACCGUACACAAGAAGGACUUACACUUUGCUCCAAGGUGGUUAUAUCCUGUUCUGCUUUUGAAAGCUUAAACUUGUACUCACUAAUUUGUCUGUUGGCAUCUCCUAGAACAGAAGAGAAUAAUAAACCAUCUCACAGAGGUGAAGGUGUGAACGUGAGGUAGUGAGGCCCCCUGCAGUACAGGAGAGGACUGUGCAGAGGAAGAAGACAAAGCACACAUGCACACAGGCAACUGCGGUAUCUCCUGCAGCACAGGUUCUGGCGCAUCUAUGCUAUGAGAAGCUCUAGCACUUGUGUUGCAACAGCAUUUUAGAAGAAAAUUCUCUCUUCACACCAUGAUGUGUGCAGGUAGAGGUUGAAGCAAGGAGCCCUGUCAGCGCAGCAGGGCCCCUGCCAACCUUACCUGCAGCCCCAGGGCCCAGGGAGCCUCUGUGCCCACGGGACCAGGCCACCCCCAACCCCGCUCCAGUUUCCCUGCCCCCAGCCCUACACCUUCCCAUCUCCCCAGGUAUCCUGCUCCCCGCCACAGCCCAAGUGCCCUUUUCUCCCCACCUCUGAUCUAAGUCUAACCAACCUUUAAGGUCCUGCUCAAGGUCCUGCUGAAUUUUCACCUCCUUCAUGACUCUCCUUAGUUAACUAGAGCUUCUCCUUCCUUUGUUGCAUUUUUUUGGACUCUCUUUUAUGACAUCAUGCUUUCCUAACAUUAUAUAGAUAUGUAAGGACAGGGGCCCUGUUUUGGCUUCUUGAAUCUACCUCUGUUUCUAGCCAAGUGCUUUGCACGUAAUGUAUGCUUAAUAUUUACUGAAAAUAAAUGCUUUUCAGUAAUAUGUUGUGAUAAUGUGUUAAGGAUAGAGCUAUAAA